CUGCACGAGUUCUUCAACGUUGGCAAGGGGAUUUUUGAUGACAUUGCUAGAAGGUUUCCAGUCUACGCUCUGGACUACACUGACGGCAUUAUCGGCAACAACAAAGCGAUAGGGAAAUACAUCACCACCAUGAUCUUCCUCUAUUUUGCCUGCCUCCUGCCAACCAUCGCUUUCGGGUCCCUGAAUGACGAGAACACCGAGGGGGUCAUAGAUGUGCAAAAGUCGAUUGUGGGUCAGUGCAUCGGUGGCCUGCUUUACGCGCUCUUCGCCGGCCAGCCGCUAGUGGUGCUUUUAACCACGGCUCCUUUGGCACUGUAUAUCAACGUGAUCAAAGGAAUCUGUUACGACUACAAUUUGGAUUUCCGCGCGUUUUACGCUUGGGUCGGUCUCUGGAACAGCUUUUUCCUCGUGCUGUACUCUCUCUUCAACUUCAGCCUUGUCAUGAAGCUCUUUAAAAGGAAACUUUUUACCAACUACUACCACGGCUCAAGACCGCAGACGUUGUCCAUCAACAACAACACCCUCUUGCUGAACAUCUCGACAGAACGUCCCACGAUGGGAAAUGAGAGCGACGGUCCUUCAGAUGCCGCGCACGAGGGGCGAGAAACCGCCGUCCUGAGUCUGAUGCUCAUGCUGGGCACCUUGUGGCUUGGGCACACUCUUUAUCAGUUCAAGAAAAGCCUCGGGAAGAUGCUGUCCAAAUUUAACUACAAUCAGUCGGAGAGCUUGUUCGUCUUGGCCCCCUUCAAAGAUCUCCACCUGGGCCCGGUCAUGAGCGCGAUGGGUCUGGGCUUCCUGCUCUCCAUGCUUUUCUUCAUCGAGCAAAACAUCGUGGCCUCGCUCACCAACGCACCUGAGAACAGGUUGGUGAAGGGAACAGCCUAUCACUGGGACCUGCUCCUGGUAGCGCUGAUCAACACGGGCCUGUCCGUCUUUGGAUUACCCUGGAUCCACGCUGCCUUUCCUCACUCGCCGAUGCACGUCCGGGCCCUGGCUUACGUCGAGGAAAGGGUUGAGAAUGGACACAUCUACGAGACGUAAGUCCUGAGUAGAG